AAGGAAAAGACGUAUUUGCGAUAAAACACAACGAUAUAGAGGUUAAAUAAAUAGGUCGCAAGGAAAGGGUGGUAUAGAAAUCAGAUGGACACUGCCCAAGUCAAAGAACUUAUUCAGCGUUGGCGCUCGCUUAAUGCAGACUUAAAAACUAAAAACAAAGAACUCGAAGAAGCGAGAGAAUCCUUACGAAUAUACGAUGGAGAGCAUUCGAAAUCUAAGCAAGAAUGGGACUUUGAGAAGGAAAAACUGCGUAACACUAUCAACGCUGUUCUUGCGGAUGUGACUCGCAAAAAAUCAGAGCUUAAGGCCAUUGAAGAGGAAACCGCUGAGCUCCGACGAAAGGUCGAGGAGAGACGGCGGCGCAAUGAGGAGCAUCUCAAGGUUCUCACGAAGAGGAAAAAUACCGUAUUAGAGCAGUUGAAGGAAGUCGAGAAGCGGGAUGCGGGAAUCAAGAGUAGGCUCUCUGAGUUUCAGGCCAAUCGUGCGGCAUCGAAGGAGCAGUUGCUCGCAACUAUCAAAAAAGUCGAAGAGAGCCUCCCACAAGAGCGUGAAACUCACGAACAGAAAAUUUCUCAGCUUAAGAGCAAAAUUGCUGAGACAGAGGCCACUAUUGAGGCCGAGGCGAAGUCCUGGGCGCUUGAACAGGCUCUGCGUGCCUGGAACGAGGCCUCAAGGGCACAUAAAUGGCUACUAGAAGAAGUCGCAGCGACGGAAAGCGGCAAAGAUACUUGGGCGAACCUGAUUCAAGAAGCCAAUGCACUCAAUCCGAACGAAAACCUGGCGACUCUGCGUGAGCUAAGUGCGCUACUCUCUGCGGGAUAACGUUUUUUGGUGGGCUUGUGGCAUUCCUCGUGCAGAGACAGGACAUUUGUCUGGGUAUGCAUUGUGAUCGGCGUUGUGCUCGCAUUUAUUUUGCUUUUAUCUGUACGUUUUUUCUUAAUAGAGUAGAUUCAGCAAGGCUAGAGCGUAUGAGGAGAAAGUGGUUGAAGGGAAAACCCCAUGUCUCUUACCUGAACGCCAGCCGUUCCAUACGUGAUUUGUCUCUUAUAUUUAGAUAAAUUUUUCUUCAAAUAAGAAAAA